AUGUCCGCCUCAACGCCCGAGAAAACGGGUGAUCCCGUACUCGACGACCAGAGUCCGUCCGAUACUGAGAUUGCCGGGUCCAAGAUUAGCGAAAAGGCCCUGCUGAGAAAGAUUGAUGCCCAUCUUCUGCCGGCCGUUGGUAUCCUGUAUCUCUUGUCAUUCUUGGAUCGUAGCAAUGUUGGAAAUGCUCGUAUCGAAGGAUUGUUGGAUGAUACCAAUAUUUCCGCGGAUGGAUACCUUAACGGACUGACAUUAUAUUUUGUCGGUUACGUUCUAUUCGAGAUUCCAUGCAACAUUAUACUCAAGAAGACCACGCCUAGAAUCUGGCUUCCGACCUUGACCAUUGCCUGGGGUGUGGUAUCCACGCUACUCGGCAUCGUGCACAACUACUCUGGAUUUCUUGCUGCUCGGUUCUUUCUUGGUGUGGCCGAGUCGGGUCUCUUUCCUGGUGUGGUGUAUUACUUUUCCAUGUGGUACAAACGACGUGAGCGCCAAUAUCGCGUUUCCCUCUUCUUUAGCGCAGCGUCUUUGGCUGGUGCCUUUGGUGGUAUUCUCGCCUAUGGUAUUGGAAGGAUGGAAGGUAUUGUGUGGCAGAAUGGGUGGCGGUGGAUCUUUAUUCUCGAAGGUAUUUUUACUGUUGUGGUCGCUUUUGCGGCCUAUUGGUUCGUUCACAAUUAUCCCAAGACAUCCACGUUUCUCAGCGAGGACGAGCGCCAGUUCAUCCAGCAGAGGCUGGCAUCGGACUCGGAUGCGACGCACGAUGAGCACUUUAGCUGGGCGGCUGUCCGUGAGGCCUUCAAGGAUCCAAACUGUUGGCUUUAUGGCUUGGGGUUCCACACUAUGAGUUUGCCGCUUUAUACUUUGUCGCUUUUCCUGCCAACUAUUAUCAAGAGUUUGGGUUAUACGGCUGCAACCGCACAAUUGCUGACGGUGCCCCCGUACGCCUUUGCCUUCCUCACGACAAUCACGGUAGCCAUUCUAUCUGAAAAGCUGGGUCAGCGCGCCAUGUUUAUUGGAGGAUCGUCACUCUUUGGCGCGAUUGGGUACUGCAUCCUGCUGGGCAACACCAACCCGUCGGCGCGGCCGGGCGUGUCGUAUCUGGGCGUCUUCUUCGCCGCGGGCGGCAUCUACCCGGCCGUGGCGCUCGUGCUCUCGUGGCCGGCCAUCAACGUCUCGGGCCAGACCAAGCGCGCCAUUGCCAAUGCCAUGCAGAUUAGCAUUGGCAACUGCGGCGCCGUCAUUGGCACCCAGCUCUACCGCUCCACCGACGGUCCUCGGUAUAUCGUCGGCCACAGCGUCGCCCUCGCUUACCUCGUUGCCAAUGCUGCCGUUGUGGCCAUCUUGUAUUUUCGCCUCAAGCGGGAGAACAAGAAACGUGAUGCUAUUGCCCCCGAGAUUAAGGAUGUUGGCGCGGUGGCGGACUGGAAGGGCGAUUCGGAUCCUCGAUGGAGAUUUGUAUACUAG